ACUUGAAACUAACCUAACCACUUAUGAGUUGGUUACUAACCUUUGGUAUCAGUUUUUAUCUACUGUUGUCUGGAUGUCGGUUAAAUACAACGUUGUUUAAGCCGGUAUAAAUAAAUUCAGUGUGCAGAUGACAUUCGCAUUUAAUUAAGGUUACUGUGUGGAACUGUUCGUGUAAAGGUAAAUUACAUUGUAGGUUAUAAUUUUGUGAUCAUCACUACAGCUCGUUUUUGGUUCAUAUAGUAAGAAUGUCGGUCAAAGUUAAGAAGAUCUCUGAACCUCUAGUGUUAGGAGAGGGCCCGCAUUGGGACGAAUCACAACAGGCAUUGUUCUUUGUUGACAUUCUCGACUGCUGCUUGCAUAAAUAUAUACCGGCCACCGGCGAGUGGACUAAAGCUAAAAUUGAUGGUGACAAAGUUGGAUUUGUUGUUCCGGUGGAAGGAAGUAAAACCCAAUUUAUAGUUGGUGUAGAAAAAACAUUUAAGAUAAUUGAAUGGGACGGUAAAGCCAAUGUUACAAAAGACGUUAAGGUCCUUGGAUCUGUUGAUCAAGAUGUUGAUGCUACAAGGAUCAAUGAUGGAAAGGCUGACCCCAGAGGUCGGAUCUUUGCUGGUACAAUGGGUCAGGAUGACCCUCAAGGCGUCAUUGCAGAAGGCCAAGGGUCUUUCUACCGGCUUGACAACGAUGGAAACAUCAAAAAAUUAUGUAGUGGCAUCGGGAUUUCUAAUGGGCUCGCUUGGAACAUUCAAGAAAAGGCUAUGUACUACACAGAUUCAUUGGAGCACAAGAUACGGAAAUAUGAUUAUAAUAUUGAUACUGGCGAUAUUUCAAACAUGAAAUACAUAUUCGACUUUAAGAAGGCCGGCGUUGAAGGCGCCCCGGAUGGCACCACCAUCGACACAGACGGCAACUUAUGGAUUGCAGUCUUUAAUGGGUCGUGUGUUAUUAAAAUCGAUCCCCGAACGGGAACUUUGCUACAAAAAGUCCCAAUUCCUGCAUUGCAAGUAACGUCUGUCAUUUUUGGAGGCCCGAACUAUGACGUAUUGUUUGUGACGUCAGCGAAUAUUAAUGUGGAGGGCAAGCAACAGCCCCCCUCAGCUGGGUGCACUUUUAUGGUGACCGGUUUGGGGGUUAAAGGUCUGCCGGGGUACAACUUCAGACUGAAAUAAUUAAUGUUUUUUUUUUGUUUGCACAAAUUAUAAAAAUAAAAU